AUGCAACUUCAGUAUAGGACUGCAAUAGAGGAGAAGUUCCAGAAGCACAUUUCAGAGGUGUACAAGAAGUUGAGAGGUUUACCACUUAGUGUGGCUGUAGAUGUACGAUUUGACUCAUCUGGAUUUUGUGCAAGUAGAUCAACUGCAGUAUUUAUGGAUUCUAACACCAAGGCCAUAAUACACAUGGAAGUAGGCGAUUCCAGGGAAGUUGACAGGCACAGUUCCAAGAUGGAAAGGCUUCUCAUUGACAGAGGACUACAACAUCUACUCACUACCUCUCCUCUUGUUAUAUGGGAAAUCAUUUCUGAUGCUAGCAGAAACAUAAUUUCUUUGAUGAAAUCAGAACCAUACAAGCACCUGCAGCACAUCUUGGACAUUUGGCAUAAGGCCAAAAAGCUCACAACAUCUCUUUCUUAUAUUGCCAAGAAACCAGGAUGCAGAGGACUGUUGCAAUGGAUACGGCCUAUUGUGAAUCAUUUUUGGUGGUGCUGCAGUACUUGGAAAGGCAGUGUCGAGCAUCUGUUGAAGAGGUGGAUGGGAAUCCUGUACCAAAUCAACAAUAAACAUGUGUGGGCAGGUGGACGUUGUCGACAUUCUGAGGAACACGAGACCAAAUGCAGCAAUUGGCUCCAGAGAGACACGGUGGUUUUCAAGAAUCGACGGAUGUUGGUAACAAACAGAGAUUGGUGUGGAAGCAUGACAUUUUACACCAACUGUCGACAAACCUGGGCUGUGGAAAACUUUUUUAGCCAUACACUCCUUCAUUACUGUCCAAAACAGAAAUCCUAUGGUUAUGACGCCUAUCAUAUUAGGAACAUGCUGGCUAUCAUGGACAACAACAACCAUCUUGGAAGGAUGCCAUUAGUUGGACAGGAUGGAGAAGUGUAUGCUAAAGGCCAGGUUUUCAGGAGGAGCAAACAGUGGGUUGCAUAUGAGGAGAAAGCACUAAAAGAUUUUAAAUAUAUUCCAGAACUGAUGGCUGCUUGCAUGAGAGCAACACAUGGUGUUUCUGAAACCAAGUUCAGAAAGAGUAGAAAAUCCAUAUCUUUGGAUUCAAUUGCCAAGAAUCUUUCUGGGAAUCCGUAA